AUGCGGAGUAAGAAAGCGAGCUUCAGCGAGCUUCAGCAGGGUCCGAGGUGCUCUGCAGUCUGCACAGAUGAGCUCAAGAUCAAACUGGAGCCCCUAACAAAGAAACUGAAGACCUUUGAAGAAGUUAAACUCAUCUGUGAUCAAACAGCAGCUCACAUUAAGAGCCAGACCCAGAAUACAGAAAAGCAGAUCAAGGAGGAGUUUGAGAAGCUUCACCAGUUUCUACGAGAUGAAGAGGCAGCCAGGAUAGCUGCACUGAGGGAGGAAGAGGAGCAGAAGAGUCAGAUGAUGAAGGAGAAGAUUGAGAAGAUGAGCAGAGAGAUCUCAUCUCUUUCAGACACAAUCAGGGCCAUAGAAGAGCAGAUGGGAGCUGAUGAUGUGAUGUUUCUACAGAGCUACAAGAGCAUAGUGGAAAGAGCCCAGUGCACACUGCAGGAUCCAGAGAGGGUUUCAGGAGCUCUGAUCAAUGUGGCAAAGCACCUGGGCAACCUGAAGUUCAGAGUCUGGGAGAAGAUGCAGGAGAUUGUUCAGUACAGUGAGUUCUGUGUCACUCACUAAAUCACACACACACACACACACAC